CUUUGGGGGGAUUGGGCCGUGUGGCACCUGGAUUGGGGAUCCGAGCGGUGAUCCACGGGAUGAUCCACGGGGUUCGCCGCUGUCCCGUGCCAGGAUAACGCUAUAACGGCGAUCAGUAACCCCUCACCCGGCCCUGCGCCUCCGGGCACGCCGCAGCCACGUGUUUUAUUCAACGUCAAAAAUGUUUAUAACAGUGUAUCCUGGUUUAUCUUUGGAUGUUGGAAAGUGAGGAUUUGCCAGCACACUGAACUGUUAGCGUUGGGAAGAAUUGGUAGAAAAGGGUGAAAAAGAAAGGUGCUGGGAAAAUGGAGAAGAUUCUGAACAGAAUUCAUCUAGUUUCUGAUCCAGAAGCAACCUACUUCCUACAAGUAUCAUGGGAAAAGGAUUUAGGCACUGGCUUCAGUAUACUUCUUAGUGAUGGUCAGUUCUCAUGGGCUGGGACAGUGUCUGAAGCAGAAAUUUCCAGGGAGGCUGCUGACAUGGAAAUGAACAAGGAAAAGUAUGUGGAAGAGCUGAAGAAAGCAUUGGUGACUAGAGAAGAGUCAGCUGGCAAAUACAACUAUCUGAUUUCAAGAGAUCAUGAAAAUGUGGUGUGUCAGUUCUCCUAUGAAAGAAGUCUGAAAGAUGGCUCUGGUGAACAUCAGUCGGAACCUGAAGAGCAACAAGAAUCCCACCAGUGUUUCUUUUCAGGAACUCCUUUACAGCUCCAGAGGAAGCAUGGAGGUCUACCUGUAAAGUUCAGACUUGGCUCUGUGAAGCUGCAGGAAGUCCCAAGUCCAGCCAAGGUGGUGAAGGAGCUCAUUGGUUACUGCCUGGACAGCCUGGGAAAACUGCAGGCCAAAAAUGAGCACCUGCAGAGAGAAAAUGAAAGGCUUUUCAGCAACUGGAGUGAUGCAGAGAAGAGGCUGGAAAAAUGUGUGGAGGCUAAAGAGAAGCUGGAGGCAGAUCUUUAUAACCGUUUUAUUCUGGUGCUGAAUGAGAAGAAGGCAAAGAUAAGAAACUUACAGAAGUUGCUGAAUGAAGCCAAAGAAUCUGCAGCAGAUGCCAAAUGUACCAGGGAUGAUAUAACUACUACUCAGAUGGUUAUAAAGAGGGAAAAUGACUAUGAUGCCAGCACUGAUGAGGAAAGUGAAAGUUUAACACGGGCCUCAUUACCAUCAGCACCGGAGCGAAGGGAUUCCUCUCUCCUGGGGAGCCCAGGUGUUGCUGACACAGCUCCAAGAAGGAAGAGAAGACAAAGGGCAGCAAAACCUGCUGGGACAGGGCCUAAGGUGGCAGCUUAUGAGGCAGAACAACCACCUGAAGAAAAACCUGACCUGGGCUCACAGAAGACAUCUGGCCAGCAUUCUAUGGAUUGGAACCUGGAAACACUGAAGAACACUUGUGAGCCAGAGGACCUCUUCGACGACAUGUAGCCACACGUGAGCUGAGAGACAGAGAUUGGUGCUUCUACCAGAGAUAAGCUGUAAAACUAAAGGCUUUCUUUGUAGAGUAGAGCCAAGAUCUGUGCUCUGAGGUGGUUUCCAGUGGCACACCCCUCUAAACCCUCUUGCAUUGCACUUGUCCCCAUUCUUCGCUAUGAGUUUGUAGACCCUGAUAGACCUGAUUUGUGAUGGUCUUAAAAAUGAGUUUAUCCCCUGUGUAGACUUUUUAUCAAGUGUAUAUGGGAAGCGAGAGCACCACUGAGGUGUUUUUUGCAUCCUUACAGUCAGUGGCUGCUGACUGUGUUCAGGUUUUCCAGAUGUCCUCAGAGAAUGUCCGACUUUAAGCUAUUGCUGUACUUAACCUUACAUGCCACGCCUUUCUUAGCUCAGCCUAAACAUGAUCCAGAAAAAUCAUCUUCAGCUUUGUUCGAGAUGCAGGUUUAGAAUAGUCUCUUCUGAUUCAAAGCAUCCAAAGAAAUACCUUUUUAUUCAAAGGUUCUCUGCAGCAUUAAUGCCUUAUAAGGUUUUCUUGCUCUUGGAAGUAAAGUGCUUCUAAAGUAGAUAUUGACUCUAUUUUAAGCUUCCGUAGAAACCCAUAGCAUUUAAAAAGAUUGUCAUUUUUGAUACUUCAGCAUUUUCCUUAAGGUGGUUUCUAAAAAGAAAUAAAUAAAAUGCAUUCUAAAAGGACAUCAAUUUUGUUCUUAUUUGCUUAGACACUAUGAGUAAAGACAGAGUUAGCAAAAUGUGUUAAUGCAUGAAGGCAGUCUUUAAAGUCUUCUGUGCUCUGUGGCUUGCAAAGGUCUGUGGUAAAACACCUACGUGGUGUUUCUGAAAUGGCCACUUAUUUAGGCUCUGAUUCUGCCAAAAUUCUAUCCUAUAAUUUAUUAAAAGCACCCAUGUCAGUAUUUGCAGCAUCAUGGACUCUUAUAGGAGCACAGGGGUCUGGGAAUAUUACAUUUAAGCAUUCCUCCCUGGAAAAAUGGUCGCAGCAUUUUAAAUUCACGAAGGGCUUUGGGACAGUGUUAUAAAUCACACAGUAAAAAUAAGAAUGGCUAAAAUAUUUUGCUUGCUAAAAAGGCUUUGUGCCUGAGAAGUGGCAAGGCCACAAAAGCCCUAUUCAUAUACCCAUUCAAAAUCUUCCAGUGCUGAUCUGACAGUGCUUUCAGCAAAAGCUCGUGUAUGGUUCCAGUUUUGGAGUGAAUAUGUUCCAUGACUUAACCCGAAGUGGAAGAGCUUGGUUUAAUUGUGCCUGCAGCAGAAAAUGAAGGUAAAUGAAGCUGAACAUCUGACAAAACUCUGCUUUCAGGACACUGUUGGUUUCUAGUGGCAAAAUGUUGUUGUACAAAUAGGAAAUGUUACACGCCAUGGGCAGAUGUAAUAAAGUCUGUCAGAGUGUUUAUUAUUUUCUCUUUUUUUUCUUCUUUUUUGAGAUUUAUAGAGUCAUUUGAACAGAAAAUUACGUGGUGGGUGUUAUACACCUUGGGCUGUGUGAGCACAGGUGUGUUGUCUGGUGAGGGCAGUCGUGGUACAGAGCCAGUUUCCGAUCAGCUGAGACUGGUUUUAUUCACAGGGACACCUUCCCUCCCCUGGAAAUCUACACACAAUAUGUUGAUGUGUCCUAGUUAGAACAGCUGGGACCAGUUCAUCACUGUUUGGGUGUAACCCAAAACUGUGUAUUCUAUAGCCUUCCAUGCCGUUUUCCAGAAAUUGUUAUCAAUAGACUAUUUGCACCCUCUGCCCAGAGCAGCCUGACUCCUCAGGCUACAAACUAGGUGUUAAGAGGCCUGCGAGAUGGGAGGGUGCUCUUGUCCUCACACCCAUUGUGGAACUCCCUGCCCUGAGGGAAGUACUGGGCAUUCCUGCCUAAACUGGAGAAUAUAUAAUCUUGGAGUCUUGGAACUUUUUUUAACCACUCAUGGGAAGGAAUACUGCAGAUCACCGCUCUCAACCAGACUGCAGCCACCACUCUCGACCGGACUGCAAUCACCACUCUUGACCAGACUGCAACAGCACUCCCACCAACAGGUUUUCCCCUCUCCUUUUACUUUGAACUCAGGGAGCCCAAAGAACACCACUUUGUUCAUGCCCCAGGGUGCUGGGUUAUACAUUUGGGUUUUGUGGGUUAAAAGCAAUUGUUUGUCUGUAUAAUUGUACUUAUUGUAUUAUUUUAUUAAAUUGUUAUUCUGAUUUAUAA